UCACUUACUGAGAGCUGAGAUGUUUUAGAAGCACAUGCUGUUAAUAGGACACUUACAGCACUAAGGCCACAUGCUUAAAUAGCGCAGUUUUUUUCUCCAUGACACUCUGGAGUCUGUCUGAUAAAUUUCGACUCCCCAAUGUCAAGACAGGAGGCAGAUGAGAUCCAGAGUCCCAGAAGGGUGGGGGCCCCAAUUACCCCUUGCCAAGAACCUGAAGGCGAUAGAGUCACCAGGGCCCCUGCUGGAGGUGAUGAAGAGAAGAUGCGUUGAUUCUGUAAGAUGGCAUACGCGACAAAGGACUGAUACCAACAGGAGAGAUGAAGGGGCAAAAGAAGGUGAUUGGGGAACAUGAAGACAGGUGGAGCAGCAUGGAUGGCAGGAUGACAGAACCAACCAUUCGGCGCCAUCAUGAUUUCGAUGCAGAACGGGAUGCCAAGAAACUACAGAAAGCUUGCAAAGGGAUGGGAACAGAUGAAACAGCAAUUAUUGAAAUCCUAUCAAAUCGAUCAUCAGACCAGAGGCAACAAGUUAAACAGAAGUACAAGACCAUGUAUAGCAAGGAUUUGGAAGAGGUGCUGAAAGGAGAACUAAGUGGGAAUUUUGAAAAGACAGCCUUGGCUCUGUUGGAUCGUCCAUGUGAAUAUGAUGCCCGAGAGCUUCGGAAAGCAAUGAAAGGUGCAGGAACGGACGAAUCGGUGCUGAUUGAGAUUCUUUGCACCAGGGUCAAUAAGCAAAUUGUAGACAUAAAGGAUGCAUACAAAAGGCUCUUUGAGCGGGAUCUAGAAUCUGAUGUAAAAAGCGACACAAGUGGCUCCCUAAGAAAGAUUCUGGUUUCUGUGCUACAGGCUAACCGAGAUGAAGGACUGGAGAUCGAUGCAGAGCUCGCUGGGCAAGAUGCCAAAGAGCUAUAUGAAGCAGGGGAAGGCUGCUGGGGAACAGACGAAUUGGUUUUCAAUGUUGUCUUAGCAAAGAGAAACUACAUGCAGCUAAGAGCUACCUUUCAAGCUUAUGAAAAGCUGAAGGGGAGAGACAUUGAAGAUGCCAUUAAAAGUGAAACAUCUGGAGAUUUGGAGAAAGCCUUUCUCACUCUUGUGAGAUGUGCCAGAGAUUGCCAAGGCUACUUUGCCACCCGUCUGUAUGAGGCAAUGAAGGGUGCAGGGACAGAGGAGGAGACUUUGAUUCGCAUCCUCGUGACUCGGGCCGAGAUUGACCUUCAAACAAUAAAGGAGAAGUUCCAGAAAAUGUACAACAAGUCCUUAGCAGAGGCCAUCAAAUCAGACACCUCUGGGGACUUCAGAAAGCUGCUAGUGGCACUGCUACACUAAGACUGCUGUCACAAAGAAAGAAACAUGAGAAGAAGUCACCUUCUUGACCAGCUUCCAAGUAGCAUGCAAAAAAUGUGGCACUAGCAAUAAAAAACCCACACCGUUUAUUUUCUGUACAGUGGGGAAACAUGUUGCCAGGUAAUUCUUGUGUUAUCUGGACAUGAGGUUCAGGCCAAGCCUAUCCACAAAAUGUUAUCAUGCAAUAAAAAUGUUUUAAAAA